UUGGAAUGCGGCUAUCCAAGCAUAUCCAAGCAGGUCCAUUGAAGCGCUUACUUCACCAACACACAUCACGCAGUCAAUACGCCUCCUGCUUUGCUUUUCAUUCCCCUCAAUGUCCAUAGACACAAGCUGUUGUUGAUGAACGGAGCCAGCACGAGGCAAUGGGACUGAGCUUGUACAUUGCAUGGAAAUCUUGUCAUCGACUUAGGAACAUCUAUUAGUGGAAUACAUUUGAUUAUACUUGACGAGGAGGUACAUUCAGGAUUUGAUUGUGGAUUUGUGAGCGCUUAUUAAUAACGUUGGGGCAGUCAGCAGCGUGAGUUCCGUCGAUGCCACCUUGCAUCGCCGUCGUCAUCACACGUUUGUGAAGAUCUAUACCACUCUAUCCUCAAUCUGUUUUCAUGCCGGUACCUCAGCUCAGUGAGAAUUAUGCUUUUGCAUUGCCAUGCUUCAGCGCACAUUUGCACAACUCACUCACCAACCUUUCUGCUUUCUAACACUGUUGCUAAACCGGUGGAACUCUGCUGCAGUCUCUCAUGAUUGCAAACUAUCAGCGGUGCAUUGUAGUUUCUACCAUUAGAGGAGUCUGGAGAGGAGAAUAAGCUAGAGACUGACGAUUACAAGAUAAGAUGGAGAAGUAACAGAUAGCAUGGUCAUCUGCAUUUUAUUAGUUUAGAUGGAAACAUUACACUACAUAUCAUAGAGCCUGGCUUUCUAUCAUGAGGGGUAUGCCUAAUCAGUCUGCCUUCAUCAUGGGGUAACUCCCAUUGCUCGUCUCGGUGAAUUGACCUUUUGUUCUUGACCUGAAUCUCAAGUGGGGUCGAGCAGCCUACCUGACUAGCUGGGCAGGGAGAGAGUAGAUCCCCUCAGUUCCGUAGAGAACCAUCAACUGCCCUGCAUUUCACUGCAAGUGCGGUGUAGAUGCCACAGGGUGGUAUAGCGUGCGUGUACUAGAACUCUACUCUCCCUUGUGCUGGGGGUGCAUUACAGACCUGCCUCUUUACCCCUCACAGGACUAGCGCACUACAUGAAUCUGACAUCAGAGUUUGGAAUCGGGCCAGCUUUCAGUCAGCUAUGUAACACCACAUCGCAGCGGUCUCAAUAUUGAGAAAGCGUGAGAGAACAUAGCUAUGUUUAUGGUUAGCAGCGGGGCAAACAUUUCAUAGUACCUGCCGACUCCCUCAAGAUCAGGUGGGUGUCGAGGCCUCAAGACUCUGCUCCAACUGUUGCAGCAGUACAAACUACUUUGAAGAUUCUUGAAGUCAAUUCUCAGCAAGGAGUAGCAUAGAAGGAGUAAAUCUGCUUGAAUGGAAUUAGAACUGCGUUUGGAUGACCGACAACAACGGGCUCCAGAAGCUGGCGGCAGCCACCGCAGCCAGACUGUCUUUCUUUGACAGGGAGCGUCUCCGAAAGUCAUUCAGCAUCAAGAAAGUGAAGGCCAGGAUUUCAAAGUCGACGACUAGGAUGAGAGUAAAGAUACCUUCUAAGCUUGCCUCCUUUAACCCAGACUUGGAUAUCAGAUCCAAGCUCUCGCAGCUCGCCCUUAAGCUCCGGGGAGGGACAGGGGAUGGGAUAGAUGGCUGCUACGCCCAUUCCUUGGGCUCAGACUCUGAUAGCAUUGUGGACAGUAUGUCCGGGAGCCCCUCCCAAUCCCGACAGGGGCGACAGGACUCGGACUUUGAAUUUGUUUAUAUUCGGCAGGAUAAAUCAAAAAGAAAAUGUGCCCAUAGCAACAAGCCUCCACCCAAGGUAUCGGUAGACUCUGAGGAUGAGGAUGAUGAGGAGCAGGAAGAGGGGCAGGAGGGGGAGGAGCAAGGAGCCUAUGGAUCUGAUGAAGAUGAGCAGGAGGAUCCUCAAGACUACUGCAAAGGAGGCUAUCAUCCUGUGAAGAUCUUUGAUCUGUUUAAUGGGAAGUACCACGUGGUUCGUAAGCUAGGAUGGGGGCACUUCUCCACCGUAUGGCUGGCGUGGGAUCUCACGGGAAGGAGAUACGUUGCUCUUAAAGUGGUGAAGAGUGCAGAACACUAUACAGAGACUGCUCUAGAUGAGAUCAAACUUCUCAAAUGUGUACGAAAUAGUGAUCCCAAUGAUAUUCAGAGGGAGAGAGUGGUGCAGCUCGUUGAUGACUUCAAGGUGACCGGAGUCAAUGGAUCACAUGUAUGUAUGGUGUUUGAAGUUCUUGGUAACAAUCUUCUGAAACCCAUCAUCCAAUCUAAAUACAUGGGACUACCCAUCAGGCAGGUCAAGAGCAUCAUUAGACAGGUGUUGGAAGGUGUAGAUUACUUGCAUACAAAGUGUAAGAUCAUUCACACCGACAUUAAACCUGAGAACAUCUUACUGUGUGUGGACGAAGAAACCAUCAGGAGACUGGCUAGUGAGGCCAAGGAAUGGAUGAAAGGCAAAGCAAAACCUCCAGUUUCAUCAGUGAGUACAGCCCCACUAGAGAGGAAACCUCAGGAGAAGAUGUCCAAGAACAAGAAGAGGAAGAUGAAGAAGAAGCAGAAGAAGCAACUGGCUCUCCUGGAGAAACAGCAACAACAGCUCCAAGAGAUUGAUCAGGAGAAGACAAGGACAAUAUCAGAAACAAGCCAACCUGACGCCGACAGGGACGGUGAAGACAACGUCGCAACGGAUGCAGUACCCCAGAACCAAAGCAACAACGGAAACCAGUCAUUGAGCCCAUCGGAAGACAAGAUGGCAGAAGUACUAGAGGAAGCCGAGGAGGAGGAGGACGGAGCCGUCUCCAGGAUGAAGGCUACAAAGUCUCCAGAGAGGACGUCAGAGAUAUCGAGUCCUGAGGAGGAACAGCCAGGAGUAGUCGUGGGUGAAAAUGCAACAAACGGGAAUGAGGGUGCCGGCUGUCAUGGUGAUGAGGCUGAGGAUGCAGACGUCUUUGAGGAUGCACCUGAGAGGAUACCGUCACCGGUCAACGAGAAAGGAGAUGGACCUGGUAGGAAGGAGGUGGAGAAGGAGCAGGAGCUUUGUAACGGGUAUGUGGAGGAGAAUGGAGACGGAGAUGUCGACCUGCCUCUUAAACCAAAGCUUCAUCCAGACGUCAAGGAGAAUGGACUUGAUUCAGCCUCCUCUACGCCUACACCUACCAAAGAAAGUCUCAAAAAUGCUGCAAACAAGGAGAAAAGCGAAAACAAAGCCAGCGACCCCAAUGAGAAUACCAUUUCUGAAAACUCCACCGAGAGCAAAGACAAAGAGACUCUGAACAAUGGAGCCAAAGAGAAUGGAAACCACAAGACUCUAGACAAUAAACCAUCAGACAAUGUACAGGAAAACAAGAAUAUUGAACUCAAUUCGCUGGGAGCCGACUCCAUGCUGAAUGGAGGGGUGUCCCCCGAGGAGGAUGUGCAGACGAAAGAUGCACAAAAGGAAGACACCACCAGCGACGAUAACAGGAGAAAGGAGAUUGAUCUUAAGUGGGAGGAGUUGGAAAAGUUUGAGUCAAAGAAUAGCGGUGGUGAAGACGGGAAGGAGGGGAGUGGAAGUGCAGCCACAAGCCCAGCAGAUAGCAAUAAAGAUGGAGAAUCUGUAGAAGGAGCCACCUCCCCUGAGAGGAAGGAUGAGCUCCCCAUCAAGCUGGCUGACCUCGGCAAUGCAUGCUGGACGCACCAUCACUUUACCGAGGACAUCCAAACAAGGCAGUACAGAGCUCUGGAAGUGUUAAUAGGAGCAGGCUACGACACAGCGGCAGAUAUAUGGAGUACGGCUUGUAUGGCCUUUGAGCUGGCUUGUGGAGACUACCUGUUUGAGCCUCACUCUGGAGAAAACUACUCAAGGGAUGAAGAUCACAUAGCUCACAUCAUUGAAUUAGUUGGACAUAUACCCAAACAUGUUGCUCUCAGUGGAAAAUACUCCAGGGAUUUCUUCAACAAGAAAGGUGAGUUGAGGAACAUCUCUAAGCUGAAGCCGUGGAGCCUCUACCACGUCCUGACGGAGAAGUACGAGUGGCCCAAGGAAGACGCAGAAGAGUUUGCCAGCUUCCUUUACCCUAUGCUCGAGUUUGAUCCAACCAAACGUGCCACAGCCAAAGAGAGCCUGUCCCACCCCUGGCUCUACUCAUGAUGAAUGUCGUCGUCUUCUUUAACCACCGCCGCCGCAGCCCGUUUGUCUAGCGUUUUCCUCGUCGCCGUUGUGUGAAACCGUACAACCUCAUCUUGUUUAGGUAUUUUCUCCUUCCAACGUUUGAACUGUGUUUUUUAUGUUUUUUUGUUAUUAUUCAGCGUUUGUGCAAACCAGGAGAUGGAAAUUUUGUUUUAGAAAGGUGGAUUGCAACCUCAAGUUGUGUCAACGUGCUUAGGAUCUAGCCCAGUGAUCAAAGGGUACAUCGUGGGCAUUUAAUACAUGAAAACAAGCACAUGGGAGUAUGAACGUGACACAUGAAAUCUUUCUA